AGUUCAGUGACGUUUCUGUGUGGGUAGGUUAUGGUGUUGAUGGGUGGAGUUUAGUUUCGUGUGUCAGACUGAAGCAGCAGCAGCUCGCGGAGGUUUAGUCGGAUGAAACUCGCUUUGACCGUCGCAGACUUUCUCAGAUGAGUUGUUUUCAGUCUGAGUUCUAGUCUGGAGGACUAGUUUAGUUUAGUGAUGUCCGGGUCGCGCGCGCAGCGGUCAGGUUGUGUGAUCAUGUGAAGGUGAUUAUCAGCGGAGGAUCGAGGAUCGAGCUGCGGGAGGAUGAAUGUAUUUCUCCGGCUCGGAUUCUCAUUUCUGCUGCUCUUCUGCGCGUCUGUUUCUGCUCAAGGUCCAGAAUGUGGAGCUGGAUGUCAUCAACACCACGGCUUCUGUGAGCAGUCUGGAGAAUGCAGGUGCAGAGCAGGUUGGCGCGGUGCGGUGUGUGAUCAGUGUGUUCCUUCACCUGACUGUGUUCACGGAGUGUGUGAAGAGCCCGGGCAGUGUGUCUGUGAGCGCGGAUGGACAGGAGCUCGCUGCGAUCGAGGUCCAGUGUCCUACAUGACUUUAUUAAAGAGUAUCAGCAGAGAUGAUGCAGGGCCAGAACUCUUUGAAACAGAACAUGUGUGUGAACGCUGGAGCUGUGCUGUGACAGUAACUGUGUGCAUCUGUUGUUUUCUCUCAGAGGUUCACCGGUGUUCAUCAAAGCUCUGCUCGGGAAACUCUACCUGUGUGCAGACCGGACGAGGAGGACACGUCUGUCUCUGUUCUCCUGGAUACACCGGAGAAAACUGCCAGCUGAAGACAGGAGCGUGUUCAGAGAACGGCUCUCGCUGUCAGAACGGAGGAAGCUGUGUGAACACGAGUGGCUUUGACAGCCGUUCCUCUUGUCUCUGUGCACCUGGAUUCACUGGCUCUGUCUGUGAGAAGGAGCUUGAUGUCUGCGAGCCCAAUCCGUGUGUGAACGGUGGCAGAUGCGUCCAGCGUGACCCGACCUACACCUGCGUCUGUCCGCCGCUCUUCUCCGGGCCGGUUUGUGACGUCAGUCUCUCUGUGUGUUCCAGCGAUCGCUGUAUGAACGGAGGCACCUGCUCUAACGACACACUCGGCCGGAUCCGCUGCGUCUGCCCGCCCAGAUUCACCGGCCCGUCCUGUGAGCUCCACGUCAGCCAGCUCAAGCCCAAGCCCCGAGCGAGAGCGCUAGGUCCGGGUUACCACACCGCAGCAGCUCACACUUUCCACAAGCUGCUGCGUCCGUCCGAGCGAGAGCCACUCCAGCCGUCCGGUCCACUGGUCACCCGCAGCCAGAUCAUCUGCUUCUCUGUCCUGGGUCUCCUCACCUGUCUGGUGAUCCUGGUCACGUCGGGUAUCGUCUUCUUCUCCCGCUGUGAGACGUGGAUGGCCAACACUAAAUACAGCCAGCUGGUGCGACAGCAGAGAGAUCAGCUCCUGAGAGCAUCUGACCUCGAGCAGCGUUCACUCAACAUCAUCCUGCCGGAGAACAUCAGGAUGAGCAACUACAGCAGGCUUUACACGUCUAUAUGAAGCUGACGCGUGCGUCUGGACGAGACCCAGACGAGAGGUUUGGUGCUUUAGUCUCUCGUGUGGAAAACAGCUGUAGGAUUUCAUGGUUUUAUUGCUGGAUUACAUGCAUAUAUUAAACGAGCAACACUCACGGCUCUCUCUCGUUCAGAAGACUGGUGAAGUGAAUGGUUCUCACUUAUCUCUAGUUAUCACACAUAACCUGGUUUAAUGGAGGUGAAUGGAUGAAGGGUUCACCACGGCGUGUUACGACUCACGAGCUGGCCAUUAUCGUCAUGUUUUCAUCACCUGAGCAUUUUGUAAUCUUUACUUUUCAUGCAUAUAUUUACAUGCGAACAAAUGAUUAAUGUAGCACUAAAUAAACCAUUGUUUUCAUCUCCAUGAACAA